UCAUGGUUCACCUCUUCUCCAGUACUAUAGUAUAUACCUUGAGCUUAAAUACGUCUCAGCUCAGAACCAUCCUAGAAGUGGAACCAACAGGAGGAAGAUAUUAAACUAAAUAGAUCAUAAUGAAACUUCUCAUCUUGGUCUCCUUCUUCUCAGUGUUUAUAGCAGUCGUAUUUUCACAAAACCGGUUUUUUGAUUUUGGCGGAGCAGCUUCCAACUUUAUAGGAGCAGCGGUCAACUCAGUGAUAGGUCGGGACUGUCGGGGUAGACCACAGGGAGAUUACUUCUACGGAUGUCAGUGCAUUGGACCUUUAAAUAUCGGAAGGAAGAAGAGAUCGCCCCAGGGGACAAGGUUCCUGAACAGUAACCAGGGACUAGGAGGAGACUUUAUCAGAUGUUCCAUUGGUUCCUUUCUCGGCAGAAAUGGAAAAUAAAUCGAAAAAUGGAAAAUCAAGAAAUCAAAAAUUCAAGACUGAGUUGAUCCACUAGAAAAUCAUCAAAAUUCGUCAUCUUCCCUGUUUAUAAACUGGGCAUUAAAGGGAAUGUUAAUGUAAUUUAGAGUGACCCUCCGUAUAAAGAUUGGCCUGGGGCAUGCUCGAUUAGCAACUGUACUCUUUAAACCUUUAUCUGAUCAAUUAUCUGAAAGAUAUCGUCGGUUUACAAGUUUGCAACGUGUUUAAUUCUAAUAAUUUACUGAAAUGUUUCUGCACCAUUAUCCGGAAGUCACUUUUUCGAAGCUAAUUACGCUAAUAAUAGUCCCUUCGAUUAUGGAAACUUAAUGAAAAUACUAAAAAUAAAUAAGUAUUGUAAUUUUGGUUU